AUGGUCGAGGGCACCCAGCCGCUUCCCAUGCUGACGCCGGCAGGGGAGGUGCUGGCAUCGACAAAGUAUGGGUACGAGAUCUAUACAAAGUGUGCUGCGCUGACCGACACCGAGCUUGAGACGCACACCCGCAAGAAUGCAAAAGAGUUGGGUUUGAAGCCUUUCUCCAGCGACUACGCAGCCCCAGACAGCUCGAGCAAGCUGUAUCUUGUGAGCCUGGUGGGAAUGUCGUCUGAGAUGCGCGAGACUGUCAGGAAGGUCAAGAUCCGGCACGAGACAGCCGCUCAGUCCAACGAGUACUGGCUCAUGCCCCAGAAUCAGCUCGUGCCCGAGCAGACGAAGACAGUGUUGUCACAUGUUGAGAAGCAGGUCACAAGCCAAAAGCCCAAGAUGGGAGGCCAGAUCAUGCUGAAGACAUUGGGGGAGCUGCGUGAGGUUGCGGAUCGCCUCGACAACCAGACCCGCAGCGCCGCCGAGAGUGCCAAGCAGCCAGAGCCAAAGCCAGAUCUCAGUGCAAUGUUCGAAGACGACGACCAUGAGGACGAGGAUGACGAAGAGACCAAAGCGGCCAAGGCUGAGGCAGCUGCGGCGCUGAAGGCUGAGGAGGCCAAGCAAGAAGCUGCACAAGCUCUCCUGGCAGGCUUCCACGACGGAAGCUUGAACUCAGCUGCGCCCAAGCGACGCAAGACGGCCCAGACAGCACAAGCACAAGCGACUGCCUCCGUGGAAAGGUCGAGUGGCUCGGCCAUGGUUCCAUCGGCCGCAGCUGGGACGGGGGCCUCCGACAAGGGGGAAGGCUCUACGAGCAAGAAGCAAUCCAAGAUGGACCAGGAAGUGGACAAGUUGGAUCAUGAGAUGAAGAAUGUAGCGCUUGCGCACUACAGUAUCAACAACAAGAAGAAUGUGUCCGUGAAGUGCCUGCAGGAUCUUCGCAUCGAGAACUUCACUGCACUGAAGACGGACCACUCGAAGGGUCACGCCAUUGCAGGGGCCAAGAAGAUGCUGGAUGGCAUGGAGGAGAAAGCGGCGGAUGCGCUUGAGACGGUUGCCUUGCGGCAGAGGUACGAGCAGUGCAAAGCCUUGAAGGAAAUCUCCGAAAAACCCGAGCUUGCGGAUGUGGAGUUGGGUGACCUUGAAGAGCUUCUUUCGAAGCUAGACAAGGUGGCGCAGCACCUUCCACCGCAGUGGCGAGUGCGGACAAAUCGGGCCCUCGUUUUCCAGCACUUGAGCAAAGCGUCGGACAUCUUCGUGGCGGAGGAAGACGACGUCGAGGAGGCUGAGCGGAAGAAGGAGAUCAUUGUGGAGCACUACAAGAACGCCGUGGAGGCAUGUUUGCCUUGCAGAAGCUACAGCCAGAUGCCCUGGACCCCGUCUGCCGGCACGAGCACCAACAUGAUCACUGAGGCUUUGGAGGAGCUCUCGGGCCUCACCCAGGCUGCCUUUGAAUCUUCGAUCGGCGACGAGACCGCCGCUGAGAAGGUGGAGGCAUUCAAGCAGGAGGUUACCCCAGCUCUGGAGGCCGGGAAUGCUGCAAAGGCCUUGAUCAUGGAUAUGCUGGGCAGCAAGGGCUUCCGGAAGAUCCUGCGGAACUACGAGACGUACGAGCUUCACUUGGAGAGCUUCUGCGAAGCCACAGCAGCCUGCUUGGACGAUGCGAAGGAGCUCUUGGCCGAGUGGGCGAGCAUGGACUGUCUGCCGGAGGUGAUCCAUGCUUUCGAGCCAGAAUUGGAUCGUUUGACAGAGUUCCUGAAAUUCUUGUCGAACGCUGUGUUCCCUCUUAGCAAGUGGAUGGAGCAUAGUGCCCAGGACGUGGCCACAUGGAUGGCCGCCGUCAGAAAGUCGGAUGCAAAGGUUGAGAAGGACCUGCUUGCCCUGAUCAACGAGGAUGCGUCGUGGCGAAAGCUCGUGGAUGAAAUCAUCAAGAAGUCCCCUCACGCCGUGACAAUGCAGCCCCGUCGAGAUCGGCUCCUCGAGAGUGUGAAGCAAGGGGGCUACACCGCCUCACGCCUCAAAGAAAUGAUGCUCGAGUAUGAUGCAGUGCGCAAGGGCAUGAGGGAUGUCGAGAUCGAAGAGAUCACCUUCCUUCUUCAGACGAAGUUGCGGGCGUUGGCUGAGGGCAUCAUGAGCAAGACAACAGAGGACCUCGCAGCAGGGCGCUGCAGGACUGUGGAGAUCAAUGCGGUUUUGGAUGGUCUCCGUGCUUUUGUCGAGGAGUCUGGCAUUGCAGACAUCAUUGCUUCCUUGAAGAGUUUCUGGUCCAAGCACCAGAAAAGCUUGGCCUUCAACGAUCUGCUCGAGAUCGCUGCGCAGGCGGAGAAGGACACGUGCAACUUGGCGGAUCUGGAGGAGAUCUUGAGUCGAUGCAAUGUGGCCGAUUUCCCGGUCCUGCGUGACAAGCUGUCAGACAAGGACAAGAUUCUCCUGGGCGGGUUGCUUGUGAGCUCCAUGCGUUCCAUUUUCCUAGAGGCCUGGUUUCUGCUCUUCAGGAUGCAAGCCAGCAGCCAGCUGUUGGGCCGGGCUCUACAUUACAUGUGCGUCAAGCAGAAAGGAGGCAAUUACACUGUGAUCGCCGUGAUGAAGAGGGUGAACCUUGUGCAGAAGGUUUGCCACCUUCUCCAUGCGGAAGACUCCCAGCCCGCGAUUGCCUUCAGCAAGCACGUCGAGGUGUUGAAGGCUGGCGUGUCUGCCGGAUUUGAGCUGAGGAAGUUCAAGUCUGGUGGUGACACAGCGACAAAGGCUUUGGACACCGACAAGAAGAAGACGCAGCUCAUGACCGUGGUCAACACCUACAUGGGAUUGCAAAAGAAGGGUCACGGACUCACCGGAGGGGUCGCUACGGCAAAGGAGGAGCUUGCCAAGGAGAGCCAUGAAACAGGCACCGAAGCCGAUGCCUGCAACAUCAAGAUCCUUGAGAUGGUGGAGCUGGACACCCUCGGCCUCUUCUACGAGUUGUUUCGGGACGAGCUUCUCAGUGACGCAAUAUCCCACAUGUGCUGCGGUGCUUCCGAGGCACUGCAUCAGAGCAUGCAGAAGAUGGACAAGUGCUUGAGUGGUGUUGUUGGGCGCAAGUCGUGGAAAGCCACUUUGGAGGAGGAGACUGAUCUCGACAAGGUGUUGCAGCUCGCUGAAACCACUUUGCUCAGGAUGCCGCUCAGGGGCAAGUCCUUCUUCGACAGCAUCGAGAAGUUCAAUCAGGAGCUACGUGAUGCUGAGGAGUUGGUAUCCAGCUUCGCCAAGAUCCAGGACGUGCUGGAGGCUGGCACGGGUGAGACCAUGGAACAGUUCGAGCAGCUCCAGGUCAACGUGUCCGAGGCGAAGCCUAUCUUGAAAGCAGCCCGCAUUUGCAACGUGGAGAGUGUGAUCGUUCAUAUUCUAUUGAAAGAGUCGAAGCAGCAGCUCACCGAUCGGGCCCAAGCACAAGGACUGCUUCGCGACAUGGUUGCCCAGGUGACGGGGAAUACGAACGGGAUUGUCCGCGAGGAUGUGCACCCGCUCUUGAUGACUGCAGCCGAAGGGUUCAGUGAGAAGAUGGAGUGUGCAUGGGGAAUUAUCUACGCAUUUGACAAUUUCGGUUGGGCAGUUGAGUAUAUCCUGCAGAGCAUCAACGACUGCAAGGUGGAAGGCAACGUCGAUGUUUUAUGUGCCGAAGCCAUUGGGGACAUCGUGUUCUCAGGAACCGGCAUGAUGCCAUCUGUGGCUUGGGCAUAUCGCGACUGUCGGCAGCGAUUCCUGAGCUAA